AUGAGCGGCGCGGGCUCAGCACGGAGGCCCGGUGCCCGAGGCAUCAAGCUCAAGCCGCCGAAGAAGAUUGGCAACAGCGUCCCGAUCGAGGAGAUGUGGAAGCGCCUGGUCGACGCCAUCGGAGAGAUUCACAACCACAACAUCUCCAAGCUGAGCUACGAGGAGCAUUACCGAUACGCGUACAAUCUCGUGCUGUACCAGCACGGAGAUAUGCUCUACAACGGCGUCAAGCGCCAGAUCGAGGCUCACCUCAACAAGCAGUGCCGCGACAAGAUCGCACCCGCCUUCCCGCCCGGCGGUGCCACGGCCGUAUCGGCCGGCAUCGUCCUUCCCGAAUCGCUGCUGCGACCGCAACCCUCGUCGUCGUCGUCGUCGUCGUCUGGGCCUGCCUCGUCCAAGGGCAAGGGGAGAGAGGCGCCCGACGAUGCUGCAUCUCGUUCGGCCAAUUCCGACGGCGGCGAUCACGACGUCGGCGCUCAGGCCUCGACGGCCGUGAGCAUGUCGGCCACCCAGCCGGGCGACCGCGCCGACGCCAUCGCUCGGAUUCAGGCCGGCGAGAGGCUCAUGACAGCCAUCCGCGACACUUGGCUCGACCACCGCAGCUGCAUGAGUACGCUCAGCGAUAUCCUCAAGUAUGCCGACCGGGUCUAUGUGCCGCAGGCGGGCGUGCCCUCGACCAACAAGCUGGGGCUCGAGCUCUUCCGCGACACGGUGGUCCGGUCGGCCAAGUUCCCCAUCCAGAUCCACCUCUACAGCACGCUCCUGACCCACAUCCAGAUUGAACGCGAAGGGUUCGUGAUCAGCCGCUCGCUGGUCAAGGCCAACAUCGACAUGCUCGGCGACCUGACCCACGUCAAGCGCGGCGUUCCGGCGGCGCAGCAUCCGUCGGUCUACACACACGACUUUGAGCCCGCGUUUCUCUCGACAUCGGCGGCCUUCUACAAGGCCGAAGCGGAGCGGCUGCUGGACGCGAGCGAUGCCGCCAGGUACCUCGCCCAUGUUGAUCGGCGCCUGCAGGAGGAAGUCAGCCGCGUGUCGGUCUACCUCAAGCCCGAGACGCAGCAGCCGCUGCAGAGGCUCCUGGAGAAGCACUUUUUGGCCAACCACCUGACGACCAUCGUCGACAUGCCGGGCAGCGGUCUGGUGGCCAUGCUCGACGAGGACCGCCGCGACGACCUGGCCAUCAUGUACCGCCUCUUCCAGAGGGUCAAGGAAGGUCCGCAGGUGCUACGGAUGGGUCUCAAGUCGUACAUCGGCACCAAGGGGAGGCUUAUCAAUGAGGCCGUGUCGGCUUCCGCGCAGGCCGCCGCGGCCGGACCGACGACCGCCCAGGCUCCCGGCGAGACCGACACGCCCGCCGGCGAUGCCGACGGUGGUGCCGCGCCGAGCGGGUCCAAGGACAAGGCCAAGGGCAAGGGCAGGGAAGCCGCUGGGCCCGCCUCUGACGCGUCGACACCACAGGCGGCGAUGGCGCUGCGCUGGGUCGAAGAGGUGCUGGAGUUCAAGAACAAGUUUGAUGCGAUCCUAGCAUCGAGCUACCAGAACGACGCCGGGUGCGAGACGUCGAUCAACGAGGCGUUCGAGUCCUUUGUCAACACCAACCCGCGCGCCCCCGAGUUCAUCUCGCUCUUCAUCGACGAGAACCUGAAGAAGGGGCUCAAGGGCAAGACCGAGGAAGAGGUCGACGAGGUGCUCAACAAGACGAUCUCAGUCUUCCGCUUCCUGCACGAAAAGGACGUCUUCGAGCGGUACUACAAGCAGCACCUGGCCAAGCGGAUGCUGCAGGGCCGGUCGGUCUCGGACGACGCCGAGCGCGGCAUGAUGGCAAAGCUCAAGAUCGAGUGCGGCCACGGAUACGUGCAGAAGCUGCAGGGGAUGCUCAACGACAUGAAGGUCAGCGAGGACACCAACCUCGAGUUUGCCAAGAACGUCCGGAACUCGAGCCGCCCGCUGCCGUUCGAGAUGUCGGUCAACGUGCUGACGUCGACCUACUGGCCGAUCAGCGCCCAGGCGCAGCCCUGCACCAUGCCGGCAUCGAUGAUGGAGGUGCGGAGGCGCUUCGAGGCCUUUUACCAGUCCAAGCACAGCGGCCGCAUCCUGACGUGGCACCCCAACCUCGGAAACGCCGACGUCCGGGUCAGCUUCAAGGCGCGCAAGCACGAGCUCAACGUGUCGACCUACGCGCUCAUCGUUCUGCUGCUGUUCGAGGACGUCGCCGACGGCCAGUCCCUCGGCUACGAGGACCUCGCCGCCAGCACCAACAUCCCCGACGCCGACCUGCAGCGGACGCUGCAGAGCCUCGCGUGCGCCAAGUACAAGAUCUUACUCAAGGAGCCCAAGGGCAGGGAGAUCAACCGAUCCGACCGCUUCACCUUCAACCACUCGUUCUCGUGCCCGCUGGCGAGGAUCAAGAUCGCCCAGGUCGCCGCGCGGGUCGAAUCGGCGGGCGAGAGGAAGGAAACGACAGAAAAGGUCGAAGAGGAGAGGAAAAACAUGGUCGAGGCCUGCAUCGUCCGAGUGAUGAAGGACCGCAAGACAAUGACGCACAAUGAGCUGGUCAGCGAAGUGGUACGGCAGCUGGCGGCGCGGUUCCAGCCCAACCUCUCGAUGGUCAAGAAGCGGAUCGAGUCGUUGCUGGACCGAGAGUACCUCGAGAGGGCAGAGACACGCAACGUCUACAACUACCUCGCCUAA